CCUGUUCUGUUUUCUUUACACUUCUGGUCUGUUUUUGAUGUAUUCAUACAUGGUCAGCACCAUGUUUUUUUGGGGGGGAAUGUGAUCGAUGAGUCAACUAUACAAAAAUCUUUAAAAAAGAUAUUUAAAUUGUAAAUGAACGUUAAGUUUAUUGUAUGCCUUAGAGGUCCCAAAGUGCAGACAGUCUCAAAUCAAGAGGCGUGGGAGCUGAGCUCCAUCACAAAUUAAGUGCAUCCUUUGGCCUUCUUCUAUAAAUUCUCAGAUCCAGACAGGAAGUAUAUUCAUUUAUUGUGGAACAGAAAGGUUGCUGGAACAAUAAGAACAAUUCUCACAGGCCUGGUGCUGCAAUAAGGUGGAUGUCUUAAAAGUUGUUUGUUCUGACAGCUGGAAAUUUCACUUCCUUUGAAAGGCACUGUCCAUUAGCAAGGGGAAAAUUAAUGGAGGCAGGUUAGGGAGAGAUGGGAUGUAGUAACAGAAAACACUGUUUAUGACUUCUGUAAGCCUGGAAAGCCAUAAUAUCUGUGGGUACAGACUUUUCACUGAGUAUUGGUAGGAAGAGAUUUGGCAGAGACUUCUAAUUGAGUGUGCAUUGUGCAUAUAUGGAGGCCAACUAUUUUCAAAAGGCAGGGAACAUCUGGCCCUUCCCAAAGCUUAUACAGUGCCUUGCAAAAGUAUUCAGAGUCUUCCAAUGAUGUCUCAUUUUGUUGGAUUAAGAAAGAAUGAAAUUAAUGACAUUUAGAAAGAAAAUAACCUUGAUUUUUCUGUGCAGUUUCUACUGACAUUUCAUUUAUUUUACCCAUGAAAGUGUUUAGAGAUUCAAGUUUUGAUUUAAAAUACUCACUGAUUUCUUAUUCAACAAAAUAGGACAUCAUUGGAGGGGGGACAAAUAAUCUUUGCAAGGCUCUGUACAUGAAAGUGCAGACGUCCUUUGUAUCCAGAAAGGAGAUACUGUAGGUUCAAUCUUAUGUGCUUCACUUAUGUUAAGAUACAUCAGUGAUCUCUGGCUUUAUUCACAAAGGAGAUUUAAGUGAGGAGUUUGAAUACAAGCCCUCAGACUUCAGCCUUACUUGAGACUUUAGACCAGGGCUGAGCAAUCCUGGUCCUGGCAAGCCCAGUUAUCUGCAGGUUUUCCAGCUUUCUUUAAAACUGAAGUGAGAAGCACUAGGAGUGGCUAUUAGAUUGGUCUCAUUAUGCCAAUAAUGAGCUGAUUGAGCUUGUUAAAAGUUGAGUUGGAAUGAAAAGCUGCACUGGCUAUUCAGGACCAGGAUUGCCUACCCAUGCUUUAGAAUUAGUUCUUAAGUGAGAUCUUUCACUACCCUGCUGGAGUCUGCAUUUAUAUUAACCUUUGCCUUUAGAUAACUGUCUUAAUGCUUAAUAAGUUAAGGUGUUUAAGCUUAAUGCUUAACCAUUUUGGGAAGAUUAUGUUUUGCAAACAGGAGAAUAUGAUGUUUCUAAAGCAGGCUCUGUCUCUUUAAGAAAUUAGUCACUGAAGGUAGUAGAUGUAUUGCUAAAUAUUCAGCAUUAAUACCUAGAUAUUUACAUAUCAAUCUAGAAUCUGUUUUACAUCUGUUUCUUUCUAACCCUUUCUUCUUUUUUUGCUGUAUUUUGUGCCUGUUUCAUUCACCCAAGUUUUAACAAGUGUGUCAAAUUUUUGUUACAUUUUGUUAAAUAAAAAAAAGUAAACAAUAGUCAUACAAUGAACCACGCAGUAGAGUAAGGGAUUUUUUUCAAGAGCAAAUUUCAAGGGCAAGCUGCUGUGUAUGUCUGAGAGGAGACAGGCAGCCUGAAAGCGAGCAGUUCUGAAUUUUGUUUCUCUCCCUUUUAAUUGGAUCCAGAGGACUGUAGAAGCUUCUGUAAAUCAGCCUGGCAGCCUGUGCUGCAAGCUGGCACAUAUUAUGUGGAUUGUGACUUUGGAACACAUUCUGUAAAUCAAAUGAGAUUAAUGAGAACAAUUAUAUCAGUAGUAUGAAGAUCAUGCACGAUAAUUCCACUUUAAAAUACUGUAUAUAUGUUCUUGGCUUUUAUUUGCAUUCAGUCACAUCUUUUGGACCAAGAGGUCCUGCAAAGAAGGCCAGAAAAGCAAUUCUGCUCUGACCCCAGCUUCCCUGAACAUGGUAACAGAACGCCGAGUUCCGGAGUCUUCUUUGAAAAUGCAGUAGCCCAUUUCUACUGCCUGGCAGGGUACAGGCUCAAGGGCCCUUCGAAGACAGUCUGUGUUCGGCUUCACAAUGAGUCCAUGGGCUGGAAACCAAGUCAAAAACCAUUGUGCCUACCAGAAGAUUGUCUAGUUCCAUAUAUUGAAGAUGCAGAUAUUCAUAACAAAACCUACAGACCGGGGGACAAACUGAUAAUCAGAUGUCAUGAAGGAUUCCAGAUACGGUAUCCAGAUAUGGAUAACAUGGUCUCAGUGUGCCAGGAUGAUGGAACAUGGGACAGCCUGCCCAUUUGUCAAGGCUGUUUGCGACCCGUGGUUCCUCCUCACAGCUACAUGAACAUUUCGGAAAUUGAAUUUUCUGUGCCGGUGGGAACAGUGGUGCGUUACCAGUGCUUUCCAGGCUAUAAACUGGAUGGUUCAGAGGUCCUGGAAUGUAUGUACAACCUCAUCUGGUCAGACAUCCCACCAAGGUGCCUUGAUGUUGAAGUUUGCCCCUUGCCUCCCAUGGUGGAACAUGGAGACUAUAUCUGCCAUCCUAACCCCUGUGACAGGUAUAUUCACGGAACAGUGGUGGAGUUCUACUGCGACCCUGGCUACUCUUUAGCUAAUGACUACAGGUAUAUCACCUGUCAGUAUGGGCAGUGGUUUCCCCACAUUCAAGUGUAUUGUGUUAAAUCAGAGCCAUCCUGGCCAAACUCUCAGGAAUCUCUGCUGACAACAUGGAAGGUGUUUGCAUUCACGGCUACCAGUGUGUUGCUGGCAUUGCUCCUUGUCAUUCUGGGCAAAGUGUUCCAGUUCAGGUGCAAGACUCACUGUCAGCUGAGAGACGGACAACAAGGUGCAAGUUCUCCCAAUUUUGUAGUGGUAGAUGGCAUUCCUGUACUGCUGCCUUCCUACGAUGAGGCUGUGAGCAGCAGUAAUGUUCUGCCACCAAGCUUCCCGCCCCCUGCUGGACAAGGGGAAUCAUUGCACAUCGAAGAACAGGGACCUCCUGCUUAUCCCGGUCAUGUUGAAAGCAUCAGUGCAGUGCAUCCCGAGACCAGCGAAUAUGAAACCUGCGAAAGCCUAACAGAUUCCUUCGAACACCUCCAAAGUAUAUGUCCGUCGUCUACGUGUCCAGGGGGACUGAACAACACAUCGGAGAGAGCAAAUGUUAUGACAUCCACUGCAGACACGGCUUCCACAAGUCCCAGCAUUGACAUAGCAGAUGAAAUACCACUUGUGGAAGAAGAAGAAGGCUAUUAAUCCUCCUUUAUUCAGAGUUCAGAUUUCAGAACAAACCCUUUAUUUGAAAUACACAUCUAAGAACACACUUCUUUACUGGUUAUGAAUCAUUUUAGCUUCUUAUCUGAUCACUAACCUUAUAGCAAAGACGUUAAUGAUCCAGCACUUUAAAUAGCCUUACCCAGAAAAUGCUUAGUGACAAACAGAUAAUGCUGUCCAGUGUGGUUAAGCAUAAAAAAAUACAUUACCAGUUAGAAACAGAAAUGGAUCAUAUAUUCAUCCAUCUAUCCAUUUUCUAACCAAUUAAUCUAAUUCAGGGUCACAGGUGAGCCAUAGUCUAUCCUGGCAAGCAAUGGGUGGGAUAUACCCUGGGCAUUCCAUUGCUGGGCGAGUUCACCUACAAGUCUACCUUUGGAAUGUGGGAGGAAACUACAGCACCCAAAGAAAACCACUGGAAACACACAGGGGAAACCAUAAAAACUCCACAUAGAUGGCACCAGGUCCAAAACUGAACCCAGACCCCCAGGGCUGUGAGGCAGCAAUUAUACCCCCUGUAGCACCGUGCCACCUGUCAAAUGUUCACUGUGAGAUAAUUUCAUGUGCAACAUGAAUCUCUAAUUGAGGAUGUGGUAUCUAUACAGUAUGUGCAGAAGAUCCCUAACUUUUCUUUCCUUUAUUUGCUUAAAUAUUUUAAUGAGGUGUCAUCCAUGGAAAUAUGUAAAUCAGCCAUAGGAAAUCUUUUAAUGCUCACUGUUGGAUUAUUAUAAACCAAUGAAGCAAAUAUGUGUUAAAUCUGUGACUGUUCAGCCAGACUACUUCCAUAAUCUUUGUGUUUUGUAGUGAGCAAACUAUUGUUUCUCUUUUUAGAAACUAAAAGUCCUCUUCAUGGGUUGCAUGUUUGUUUUUUUUUCAUCAAGGGUGUGAAAAUGUACAGUCAGUGAUCGCUUGGCUAUUUCCAAAGAUGUUAAAAAGGGUAGAAUGAAUCGAAAGGUCAGAACAUGAAACUUGUGUGUUUUGUGGAUGGAUUGUGUAUUCACAUCACUUUUUUAUUCAGUGUUUUUCCUUUAUGCUACAUCAAGGUGGAAUUAAGCAAGGCUGAACUAGAAAUAUUUAGCAGAAAAGUGUUGCAUCCACUUACAGAUGUUUAAAUUGAGUGUUAUGAGAUCACUUAUAAUCAGUAAUGUGAGUGUAAAAACUACAGCAUGAAAGGUUCUGAUCUGUUCUACAAAUGACUGAUUUAUACUGACAUUUAUGUCUUCAAUUUUGUAGGAUGGAAAAAAUACACAUUGCAAAAAGCUGUAAUUUAAAACACCUUCUCACUCUUAACCGAACAAAAUGUUUGCACUGCUGGUCAGGUAUACAGAAUUGACUGUUAGAACAUUCCCCAAAAAUGAAGAUAAGUAAAUUAAACGAACAUUGCGAAAUCUGUUUCUAAAUACAUUAUAUUUCUAUAGUUAUCAUUAAAUAUAAAUAUAAAAUUAC